AUUUUUGCAACAUAGUUUGCGAAACUCAUGGCGUACGUUAUUUUGACGUCGGAACUUCGCACCCACGUGCGUUUGGCAGCGCCGCUCCGCGCCGCAGUUUGAGACAGGCGUCGCCCGCGCCGCACGCCCGCCAUCCCGCUCACCCGAUCGCUGCUUAUCACAGCGUUGCGGAAUGUUAUCAUCGUAUCCGACACGUCCAUAACAUAAUACCCCGUUCCGCGAUUGUUGUUACUUAUCGAGUGCACGUUUUCUUAGUGCCGCGUAUCAAAAUGAAGAAGGAAGAUUCUGAAUAUACUUUGAACAGAGGCGCUUCGAGGUCCGUUCGGUUGCUCACGGAUAGUAUGUCAUCUGACGAACCGGAAACGGAAAGGCUCCUGAAUACGCAGCCUCCGAACGUGGUAGCGAUGGGCAGUGGACGACGGCAAUCGCUUACUGCGCCGCCAUCCCCCAGUGAAUAUCGCAAGAAACGCGACAAUCGCCAACACAAUUACAUGAACCAUCUUCAUCACCUUAUUCAUUGGCGAGAUAUUUGGGGCGGCGAACCGCAUAAAACUAACGAGAGCCUCCACCGGAGCGAGUCGAUGGUGUCCCUGGCGUGCUUCAAGACGCUCUCUCAACUGGUGAACAGUGACGGCAAUGAACUCCAAAACUUUCUAUCAUCCAACAAAAAUAUUAACGUCGACGACAGGGAUGAGAAUGGCACGACGGCGCUCAUGUGUGCGAGUGAGAACGGUCGGCUGUCGGCGGUGCGGUUGCUGCUGGGCGCGGGCGCGGACGCGUGCGCGGCCGACACCGACGGAUGGACGGCGCUCGCGUUCGCCGCAAGGGGCGGACAUUUAUCCAUCGUUCAAGAACUGCUCGAUGCUGGGGCCCAGGUUGAUUCCAGAGACUAUGGUGGUUGGUCCCCUCUCAUGUGGGCCUCUUAUAAAGGACACGAAGAAAUCGUUGCACUUCUUCUCGAGAAAGGUGCUGAUGUACACGCACACGGAAACUACAAUAUCAACUCGCUAGUGUGGGCGGCGGGGCGGCGGCACAGCGGCGUGGUGGCGCGGCUGCUGGCGGCGGGCGCGCGGCCCAACUCGUGCGACAAGUACGGCACGUCCGCGCUCACGUGGGCGGCGCGCGCCGGCGACGCGGCCGCCUGCGCCGCGCUGCUGCGCGCCGGCGCCGACUCCAACACCGCCGGCAUGUACUGCUGGACGCCGCUGCUGCAGGCCACGCACGGAAACCAUUUUGAAAUCGUCCAAAUGUUACUAGAACAUAAACCUAACGUGAACGCGUUAGACAAAGACGGUUGCACGGCGUUGGCUAUCGCUUGCAAGGAAGGAUUCUAUGAUAUCGCACUCGCAUUGAUAAAUUCCGGAGCAUAUAUUAAUGUUCAGGAUCACUCAAAAGACACGCCCCUCAUAUACGCAGUGAAAGGAGGGUACAAGAACAUAGUAGAGGCCUUGCUAAAGAAACACGUGGACGUGGACCUACCCGGAAAAGAGAAGAAAACCCCAGUUUACACAGCUGUAGAAAAAGGCCACGUCGCCAUUUUAAAACUACUUCUAGCAUCUAACCCAGAUUUAGAACAUUGUACUAGUAGCGGCGACACGGCGCUGCUGCGCGCGGUGCGCUCGCGCCACGCGGACAUGGUGGCGCUGCUGCUGGAGCGGCGCGCGCGCGUGGCCGCCGCCGACAACCGCGGCGACACCGCGCUGCACGUCGCCAUGCGGGCGCGCUCCAAGAACUUCGCGCGGCAGUGGUGCGAGACGGGCUGGGCGUGGUCGUGGGCGGUGUCGUGGGCGGCGUGGCACGCGGCGCUGGCGGCGGGCGCCGUGGCGGCCGUGGCGGGCGCGCCGCUCUACGUCGCGCUCGCCGUGCUCUUUUCGCUCUUCGCGGUGCUCUAUCUCGCCUUCUACCUGCUCUGGUACCUCGGCAAUAGGUAUGAGUGGUGGUGGUCUGGCGGCAUGGUGGCGGCGCUGGGGCGGCGGUUCGGAGCGCUACUGCUGCUGCUGCAGGUCAUGUUCUGCCAUCCACCCGGCCCCGACGACCCGCGGGCGCUGCCAGCCACGCCUAUCAGAUUUCAUUUCACGGAGGGCAUGAAGGGCGGCGCGGGGCAGGAGGGCGAGGCGAUGGUGGUACAGAUGAUCGGCAGCCUGGCGGAGGCACUGGAGUGCCAGUACGGCCGCGUGUGCACGCGCCUGGCGCGCGCCUUCCGCCCGCGCCCCGUCUCCAACACGUCCGGCUGGCGAUGGCGCCGUGCAUGUUGCAUUCCACACAUAAUAACCUUUGAACUGAGUUUUGCCUGCGUACUCGUCGGGAUUUGUGUGCUCAUCAUAUAUUUCAAGGAACAAAAUAAAGAGGAGUCGCAGCGCGACGUGCAGACUGGCAUGAUGGUGGGUGCGUGCGUGGCGGCGGGCGCCGUGCUGCUGGCCAACCUGUACGCCGGCGCGCGAGCUCUCGCCGCGCUGGCGCUGCCGCCGCGCGCGCGUCUGGCGCGCCUGGCGCGUAGCAUCCGCCGCGACCGCGCGCACGCCGCCGCCCUGCGCCCCGAGGUGCAGGCGCUCACGCACACCGUGUCGUGCCUGGACGCGUUCACAGGGCAGCAGACGCGGCUGGUGUUGGUGGUGGAUGCGCUGGACAGCUGCGAGCAGGAGAAGGUGCUGGCGCUGCUCAACGCCGUGCACGCGCUCUGCUCGGACCCGCGGAGCCCCUUCAUCCUGCUGCUGGCCAUCGACCCGCACAUCAUCAGCAAGGCAGUAGAGAUAAACAGCCGGCGCGCGCUGUCGGAGAGCAACAUCGGCGGCUGGGACUACCUGCGCAACAUGGUGCAGCUGCCCUUCUACCUGCAGAACUCGGCGCUGCGCCGCGUCAAGGUGGCGCAGGCCACCGCCGCGCGCCGCCUGCAGGCGCUCGCCGCCGACGACUUCGGCGCCUCGCUGCAGCGCUCCGUGUCGGCGCGCCGCUUGUCGUCGACGUCGGAGCUGAUGUCGAGCCAGGAGCGCAUAAAGAACCGCGGCGAGCGGGCGGAGCGCGGCGGGCGACUGCGCGCGUCGGAGUCCAUGGCGUCGUCCGUGGCGUCGGGCCUGCACCGCGCGCCCGCGCCCGGCGCCGGCGCCGCCGACCUGGGCCGCGUGCUGCUCACCGACGACUACUUCAGCGACGUCAACCCGCGCAGCAUGCGCCGCCUCAUGAACGUGCUCUACGUCACCGGUCGACUAUUAAAAGCAUUCCAAAUCGAAUUUAAUUGGUACCAGUUGGCAUCGUGGGUGAACCUCACAGAACAGUGGCCCUACCGGACGUCUUGGAUCAUCUAUCACCACGAGACGUACGAAGAACACAUCGACGACUCGACCUCACUUAAACAUAUCUAUGAAAAAGUGCGGCCGCUGAUCGGCGGGCUGCGCGAGGCCAGCACGCUGCUGGAGCUGGACCGCGACGAGCGCAAGCUGGAGGUGUUCCUGAGCUUCCACCGCGCCACGCUCACCGCCGCCGACCUCAAGAUAUUCCUGCCAUUCACCAUCAACCUCGACCCUUAUAUUAAGAAAGUUAUUAAAGAAGAACAAGUUCAAGCCGGUGCUGAAGAGAACAUCGGGCCGGGCGGUGCUGCCAUAGUGCCGUGGGGCCCGAACUCUCGACAACCGCAACCCAAACCAUUCCAGAAGAAACAGGUGCCACCCAUCACACAAAGCAGUACGAGCGCGCUGGCUCCGACGCAGCCGUUCCUCGUGGGCUGGAGCAGCCCCUAUGUGCCGCCAGCGCAGCCCUACUCGCAGUCGCAGCCCUAUAUACAGGCACAGCCCGACUAUGCGGUGCCCUCGGUCACCGUCAACCCCACCGUCCUCUUGCGGACUGCCUUCCCCGGACUUGGCGACGUGUCGUCGCUGCGGCUGUCGGCCAUGUCGGUGGAGCGCGUGUGCGCGGUGGUGCGCGCGGCGCUGGGCGCGGGCGGCGCGGCGGCGGCGGCGGCGCUGCAGGCGCACCGCGUGUGCGGCCUGGUGCUGGCCGCGUGCCGCCUCGCCGACCUCAAGCCGAUAUUAGAUUUGCCGUUUGGUGACUGGGAACUGUUUAAAAUGUUAAUAAUGAACUUACGAGAACUGGAGGCGAGCAUUCCGAUAAACGCGCCGACCGUCACAGUGAUAGCAGAUAAAACAAUAGACAUAGAAACGGAUUCCAUCAAACCUAGACCAGUUCUCGAACACCAUAGAAGCCGGCCGACCAAUGUUGAGAAACAGGUGACUCUCGAGGAGCAGAUGAUCUGCGGCGCACUGCAGACGCUCAACGAAGAGGCCUUGGAGGACGUGCUCCAAUCGGAGAGCUCGGCGCCCUCUCCCCCCGCGCCGCCCGCACCCUCAGGUGAGGCCCUGCGCACCACGCGUGAUUGCCCUCCCGCUCCUCCCCCUCGCGGCCUCUCCCCCUCCGACCUCUCCUCCACCGCGUCCACGGCCACGCACACCGAAACUUCCUCCGAGGAGGGCGACCACCGCCCCGAGCAUGUGAUAGUCAAUCUUUCCGACGACUACCCGCCUGUUCCUCCGGUUGUGAUUUAUGCACAUUUAGUGAAAGCUAUAAAAAAGGUGACUGUGCCAUCUAUUACGAUGAAUUUUGUCCAGAAUUUUAUACAUUUUUUAUUACACCUAAACCUCGACGGUCCCCCCCCCUCCCGAGGGUCCGCAGGCUCGCCGUGCCGCCCGCCUGACGAGCCGUUGUUUUCAGACGAGCCCCGCGAGCGCGCGCCCGCCGUCAGCUUCAGCGUGGAGCGCGAGGAGCCCCCCGCGCGCGCCCGCCCGCGCCGCGCUCCCGCCCGCCCGCGCCCCUCCUCGCUGCGCCUGGCCGACGAGCGCGCCCGCCCGCCCGCGCGCUCGCACUCCGUCGAGGGCUCCGCGCGCUCCGGCUCGCCCGGCCUCGACCUGCGCCCGCGCCCGGCGGGCUCCGCGGAGCGCCUCGCGCGCCUGAGGGACCUCGUCGGGGCCCGCGCGCCCUCCCGCGACCGAAGCCCGCCGCGCGACGAGCCCGCCAGCGACGACGAGUCGGUGCCGCUCGUGUCGUCGCCGCCGAGCCGGGUCUGCGCGCGCCCCGCGGGCGUCGAGUGCGGCAGCCCGCAGUCCGCGCCGGUGAGCGCGGACUUCUCGCCGCCGUCGGACGCGGAGUCGCCGCGCGGCAGCGCCGCGGAUUUCGACCUGCUGCCGGAGGGCAAGGGCUGGGAGCGCGCGCCGCGAGCGCGGCCGGGCGGCGCGGCGGGCGCGCGCGACGCGGAGCCCUACGGCAUGCGGCUGCUGGCGCGCGGCACGUCGGAGGGGCUGCGCUCGCUGUGGCGCCAGGACGCGCUGGACUCGGACCCGCCGUGGCUGGAGCCCGACUCGGCCGUGUGAGCGCUCCGGUUCGGUGACAGCCCGAGAAUUUUUCGAGCGAUACAAAUGUACGCUUUCGUGGACGAUCGAUGGAUCGUGAUGGAUCGAUGUCGAUCGAUGUGCGUUAAGAACGUCACCUCGAUUUUGCAUCUACGCAUUUGAAUGAUUUUAGACGUCACUCGAGUAUUGGCUAUGACGAGCGGUACUCUAAUAGAUAGCUCUAAUAGAUAUGUAUCAAUGUUCAAUAAUAAUUACUGACGACUGAUAGACGAUAGGUCUAUGUACUUAAUUUGACAACUUCGUAUAAUAGAUUCCGAACGCUUAAAUAGCUUAUGGUAUAGUUAUAAAUUACGUACCAGUAUAUGUUAUUUUUAUGCUAGUGUGACUAGCUUCUGUUUUUAUAUGCAAUAAUAAAUACAUAGGCUAAGAAAAUAUAUAUUAAUAAAUUUA